UAGAAGUCAAACGAAAUUUUUUAAAUAAAUUUUAGCUUAAAAAAUUUGACACUCCAAAUUAUUAUUAAAUGUUGCCACGAAGAUUUUACUGAAAUUUAUUUUCCAAAUUUCGUUUAACUCCUAAUUAAUAUAAACUGGAAAUAAUUUUUUUAAAAAUCUAUGUCUCGGCGAAAUCGUAACUGCGUUGCCCUUUUUUCAAUUAAUGUAUCAAAUUUUUUUCAAUUAAUAUAUGGAGGGGGGGGGCGCAUAGUGUGAAAAUGGCCUUAAUAAUUAUUAUAUAAAUUUUGAUAAAAAUUUUUAACGUCAAUUUUAUAACCUUUAUUAUUUAUAACGACCAAUAAUUAAGUAAUUAAAUUUUUUUAUUGCAAAAGAUUUAAAUUUCACUGAAGAAUUAAAAUUAAUUAGUGAGCAAGUUGAUGAAUAAUAAAAAGUCAUAAAGACAUGGAUGUGGAUAAACGUGAGUCUCAGAUACUUGAUAAUGAAUUUCAAUUUUUUUAUCACGAGCACGAAGAUGACGAUCACGAUGACGAAGAUGAUCAAGACGAAUACGAAGAUGACGAAGCAGAAAUUUCAAAUUCGUCUUAUUCAAGACUAAAUUAUUUUAUCAAUGAUUUAUUGGAGGAAAAUUUAUUUGAAAAUAUUUUAUUGACUGAUGUCGAAAAAAAUACGACUGAUGAAAUUAAAUCUGAAUCUAAUGGAUCAUCAAAAACGAUAAUCAGUUCACAAGAUUCUACAUCGACAAUCGAAUCCAGUGACACUGGUAUGAGUAAAUGUUCGGAACAAAUUGAAAUUAGUGAUUCGCAAAUAGAUAUUCCUGAGGAAGAGAUACCUGAAGACGGAGGACUGAGACCUGGAUCUUGGAUCCUGUUUCCUAAAUUACCCGAAGACAGAAGCGACGAUGUUGAAAAAUUUAUUAAUCUGACUGAAGAAUUAAAACUCCCGCCAAUCGGACAAGUCCCUCAGAUGUUAAAAACUAAUGAAAUAAAUUUGAAGUUCUACUGCUUAGAUCCACGGACCGUAAAAAUAAUUUCCGAAGCACUCAACUGUAAUACGACUGUUAAAAUUCUUAAUUUACAAGAUAAUUGGCUGACUACAGAGGCGUGUUAUCACUUGAACGAUCUUCUUAUAAAUAACAAUGUUAUAACUUGGAUUAAUUUGUCCGGGUGUCGUAUUGGAGUACAAGGAGCUAAAGAGUUGGAAACAGGUAUCAGUUCAGCUGAAUCACUUGAAUAUUUAGAUGUUAGUCGGUGUGAUUUAGGUGACGACGGCUUACGAUACAUCAGCAUAGGUGUCUAUUGCAGUCCUAGUAUAAAAAUAGUCAACUUUUCUAAUAAUAAUCUAAGCGAGGAUUGCGCUAACGCUCUUCAAAAAAUGAUCAUUCAAACUGAUACCUUGAGCGAACUUAAUUUAUCAUGGAAUUUUUUAAGUAGCGAAGGCUUUUGGAAGAUAUUUGUCGUUGGGUUGUUACAAAAUGUGACUUUAAAAAAUUUAAAUCUCAGUUGGAAUGGAUUAGAUGAAGAAUGUCUGCCAUUUUUAACUGAAUAUUUAUCAUCUGACCCAAGUCUUUUUAAAUUAAAUCUUCGAGAUAACAGUUUUAAAUCAGUGGAAAAAAUAGCAGAGGCAUUGAUAAAAAAUACAAAGUUAGAAAUAAUUGAACUGGGCAAUAAUCCUACUCGAGCGAAUGAAGUUUUGGCUUUUUUUGAGGUGUUGAAAAAUAUAACACCGACGUCACAACUUCGGUUAAUAGAUCUAGAAAAUAUUUGGGCAAAUAAAGAAGUACUAGGACUGAUAGAUGAAAUAAAAAAAAAAUUAACGAGCGUAGAUAUAACUUUAGGAGGAAUAUUGAGUAAUUAUAAAAUAAUUGGACCGGAUCCACGUAAAAUAUUUUUAAAGAGAGCUAAUUUUGAGGCGAUGAAGCCGAAGAAAAAAAAAUUAAAAAGAAAUUUUGGUCAGUUUGUGGUGUCACUGCAGGAUAUUAUUGUGACACGAGAUGUCUUCAAAAGUUCUAUAAAAAAUGCUAAAGUAAAAUUAUCCGAGUCUUUAAUCACAGAAAUAAUGAAUUCAUUUGAAAUUGGAGAGGAUGCAAUAGACCAAAGUGCGCUAAAAAAUUUUUAUUUAGCAGAAUAUCCAGAAACUAGUCAGCUGCCACCACUCCCAGUAACGAAAAAUAAAAAGAAGGAAAAGAAAACGCCAGGAAAGAAGCAAAAUAUUGGACACUGAAUAAAUAUUGA